UCUCCAGGAACACAAAACGUGAGGCCGGGCCGGGUAAGCGUGGAGCUGGAGCGGAAACGAGCGAGUACUGGCCACACCAGCAGCGCUUUUUUUUUGCAAAGGGGAAAACACGGGGGAAUAAAAGAGAAAGAAAGAGAUCGAUCGAGAGAAAGGAGCCAUGAGGGGAUUGAUCGUUUUCGUCGCAACGGUGGCCAGCUGCAGGGCCGGUUUCCUCGGCUCGCCCUCGUUCAGCGAGCCCCAGGUGCACCCCCAAUCGGCGCCCCAGAGGUUCGCACCCCCGGCACCGGUUGGCCAAGACGGAAACGUGAUCGACACCCCGGAAGUCGCGCAAGCGAAGGCUGCCCACUUCGCGGAAUUCGCUAGAGCCGCGGCCAGAGCCGCCGAGGAGAGCAAGAAUCAGCCCCAAUCGGUCGAGUACAACCCCCAGUCCCAGGCCUACAACUUCCCCUCUUCCCAACCCCCCACUUACGUCAGACAGCAAGCCUAUCAGCCGCCUAUCUACCAAUCUGCUCCAGCACCAGUGGCGACGUACAAUCAACCGAAUCAGGUAUCGGGUUAUCAGCCGCAGUAUACGGGAAAUACGAACUUUGUCGGGCAGCAAAGUUUCGCUGCCAACGUGAAACCCACCCCUUUCGUGCCUGCGCCCCUCGCGGAGGAUGGGACUGUAAUCGAUACGCCGGAAGUGGCCGCUCUUAAGGCCGCCAGGUUGGCAGAAUUGGCCGAGGCCGAGGCGAGGGCGUAUAAGUUUGCGCAGGAAUACAAACCGGAAGUCCAAGGCCAAGCUUAUGGUAAUCCACCAGCCGCCCCAGUCCAGUACAAUUCUCCCGCGGCUAGAAUAUUUCCUGGAGCAGCGCCCUCGUAUCCCGCGGCGCAACCAGCGUUUGGCAAACCUGCUUUCCAACCUCAAAAUUAUCAAUCGCAGCAAUUAGUCGGAGCUUAUAUAGUCCUGGCCGCGUCACUGGUGGCGUCGACGAUCGCCGAAUCCUACGAGGACAGAGAAUACAUUCAGUACAGAGGUCCUCCAGCGCCAUUGACCAGCGAUGGGAUGGUCAUGGAUACGCCGGAAGUGGCCCAUGCGAGGGCUGCCCACCUAGCGUUGCACGCUGAAACGAUGGCCAGACUGAGAAAGGCUCAGAACGAUUACGAGAUGUACGAAAAUAACGAAAUGUCGUACAUGCCGCAAGUGAUGGACCCUGUCGAGACCGUGAUGCAGAAGAGGCAGAGGCAGAGGGAAUACAUGCCUUUGGAGAGCGACGGAAAUGCUAUGGAGAAUGCCGAGAUGACAGACGCGAAGAGCCCACGUUUGACAACGCGUGCACGAGCAGCCUCGAAAGCGUCGGAAUUUUACGAGUUUGACAUCUUUGAUGGGCGAAAAAAUUUGGUUUACCUGGCACCUGUUCGAGUUACCUACAAACACGCGCCGACAAUGGGUUACAGAGGACCACUAGCGCCACUCGGCCCUGAUGGCCGCGUGGUGGACACACCGGAAGUGAUGAGGGCGCGCGAGGCGCAUAUGAAGGCACACGCUCGCGCUGUAGCACUCUCCACCCAGAACGAUCUUUACUAUUAAAAUGAGAUAGGAUUUCUUUUCUUGAUUCGACGAUAUCUCUGAUACGUACGUAUGUGUUGUUAAACCGUUUUAGUUUUGGUAUUUCUGUUUAAUUAAUUCUGAUAAAUAUCAUUAUGAAAAUAUAAGGAAGGAAAUAUUAAAUUUUUUGUGAAACGAUAGAUUUUUACGUUUUUACCCGAACAUAUUCGAAUUUAUUGUAUAAAAUUGUAAUUGCGUAUACAUUAUGCCACGAAAAUUGGAUUUUUUUAAAACAAAAUCGUUCAAUUUUCCGUCGAAUUGUUCGUGCAAUGUAACUUUUUGCAGCAAUUAUUGAGAGCAGAUUGUGUCGUACCUGAUUUUUUACAUAUUUUUUUGACAGUUGGGAUUUUCGACGGUUUGACGAAAAUUGAACGAAAAUUUCUCCCCCUCCGAUACCAAUUUUGUAAAUAAUAUUACUUAUAUAUACUCAACUUGAAUAACUCGUCCCAUUUAUUUUACGUAAAAUAACCAUUUUGUUGUUUAACAUUGCUAUUGCUGCAAUUUGAAUUUUAUUGCCAUACAAUUGUUAAUGAAUGAUAUAAUAUGUGAUUUUAGAUUUUUAGAUUUUUAAGAUAUAAUAUAUAUUUAUGAUGGUAGAUAUUAAGGUACUUUGUGAAAAAAUGAAUCGUAUGUUACUUAGAAAAUUUGUCAUUCUUGCCACCGAAGUGUAUUCUAUAUUUUUUAUUGUCUUUCCAGUGGAAUAAAAUACGAAUGUGUCUCUCGUGUCGUC